UGUUGAGUACUGACAGAGGACGGAAUGCGUGUAAGACUCAGCAGGUAUUCAAGCGUACGCUGCGAGAGAUAGAUAGAGAGAGAACCAGACUAGCAACUGGCUUGACCGAUUUUUUUCGCGAGGGAUUCCCUUGCUCUGUUUGAGCAAGAGAGGCAACCCAUCUAUUUUUACGCUUUCCCGUUUUUUCUUCUUUCUACAUGGUAACACUGACAACAAAACUGAGGUCUGCUUUGCUGCUUGGUUAUUUAAAAGGGUAAGAGAGUGAAAGGAAGACGGUCAAGACGGCAGAGAAAACGGGCUAUGACUGAACGACAAGCAAGCGUAUUAUUCUUUUUACUCUUCCGUUUAGACGUUAUUGCGUGUGUAUCGCGUUUCAGUGUGAUUUGCUGAGGUUUCUGAUAAUUGCAUAGCGAUUACACAGUCGCUCUUUCACACCGAGGGAUGGUUUUGUUUUGGUGACGUUGGUGGCGCUUUUCUCCGUGGCUAUUGGCGAGGUGCAUAGGAGAUAUAUAGUUACAUUACAUCAGUGCACCGAUUGAUCGGGAGUGCGCAACAGAGACGGAAUCCGCUCCGCGCGGUGGAGAGGCACGGGGAUCAAGACGCGGUGGAGUGCAUGGAUAGCUAACUUUUAAGCCACUUGGAAAUUUGCACCAGUCUCUCAGAGAGUGCUGAGCUGAGCAGCUUUAUCGGGAGUGGGCGCACAUUCAUGGAAUGCAACUUUGACAGUGCACCUCGCUACCUACUAAACUCGACUCAGUGAUUAGAGCGACAAGGAAACCACGAAAGGAAGGGGAUGGCGAAGACAACACCCCCAGAACCACUGUCCACUCUGGACGUUGCCAUAGAUCCAGAUUUCGAACCCCAGAAACGACCCAGGUCGUGCACUUGGCCGCUGCCCGAAUCCAACUCGGCGAAGCCCGAAACCAACGACAAGAGUAUCAUCCCCGAGGAAGAGGAUGAUGAAGACGACAGCGCGAUGACUAUCAACGUGAACGGCGCUGGUGCAGCGGAGGACCGGAACAGUCCCGGUCUGAGAACGGACGGACUGCACUCCAGCCAGGAGAGCGCUGGGUCCCCGCUCUCUUCCCAGUCCCCGACGCCGUCCAAGACGAGCGGCGGAAGUCCGAACGGACAGGUGGGCCCGCAGCAGACCCCGCGGAAGUCGUCUUCGCGCAGGAACGCCUGGGGAAACCUGUCUUACGCAGACUUGAUCACCAAAGCCAUAGAGAGCACGCCAGACAAGAGACUGACCCUCUCCCAAAUCUAUGACUGGAUGGUUAGAAACGUGCCAUAUUUCAAAGAUAAAGGAGACAGCAACAGCUCUGCAGGAUGGAAGAACUCCAUCAGGCACAACUUGUCUCUACACAGCCGCUUCAUCCGUGUUCAGAACGAGGGAACGGGAAAGAGUUCCUGGUGGAUGAUAAACCCCGAAGGAGGGCGUGGCGGAAAGGCGCCACGGCGACGGGCCGUCUCCAUGGACAACGGCAACAAGUACACCAAGAGCGCGAGGGGCAGAGCGGCGAAAAAGAAGGCGGCGCUGCAAGCCGCCCAGGAGGCGGGGCUUGACAGCGCCUCCGCAGGGGGACUCUCCAAGUGGCCGGGAAGCCCGACGUCACGCAGCAGCGAUGAACUGGACUCCUGCUGGACCGAUUUCCGAUCGCGAACAAACUCCAACGCGAGCACGCUGAGCGGCCGCCUGUCGCCCAUACUGGCUAACCCUGACGACGAGGUCCCAGACGACGAGGUGUGCCCGCCCCUCUCGCCGAUGCUCUACUCGAGCCCCAGCAGCCUGUCCCCUCCCUCGUCCUCGUCCUCAUCCUCAAAACCUUGCCCAGGCGAGCUCCCGCGGCUAGCAGACCUGGCGGGCACCAUGAACCUCAACGACGGCCUGGCUGACAACCUCAUGGAUGAGCUUCUGAUGGACAACAUUACUCUGGCCCAGCCGUCACAAACUCCGGCCAAUCAAAGAGGUCCCGCCUUCCCCUUCGGCUCGAAAGCCUCGACUUCCUCCACGAAUUCGUCCUCUUCGUCUCCGGGCGGGGGGGGAAACUCCAGCGGGUUCAGCAAUUCAAUAUUCGGGCCGUCGGCGGGAGGGCUCCGUCAGGCUCCCAUGCAGACCAUCCAGGAGAACAAGCAGACGUCGUUCUCGAGCAUCUCUCGUUUUGGGAACGCCACUCUGCAGGAGCUUCUGAACUCCGACCCGCUGGACUCGCCCAGUCACAGCGACGUCAUGAUGACGCAAUCCGACCCACUGAUAUCGCAGGCGAGCACGGCCGUCACCUCGCAGGGUUCCCGUCUCCGUAACGGGAUCAUGCUCCGAAACGACCCCAUGAUGUCUUCGUUUAGUGCCGGUCUCAACGGCCAAGGCAACAUGCUCCAGAGCCACCACCAAGGCUCCAACAACCAGGGUUUGCUGCAGUCCUUGCCCAUCAAUGGACCACUCAGCCUGGCCAACGACGUUAACAACCUGGCCUCUGCGAAGCAGCACCUCCAGCAGCAGUCCUCCAUGUUGUCGAGUGACAUCACCCUCUUCCCCGGACUGAACGGAAGCAUCGGGGGCACCAUGGGGAUCUGCGUCCCGUCCGCGGGUCCGGAUCGGUUUCCGUCGGACUUGGACCUGGACAUGUUUAACGGGAGCCUGGACUGUGACGUGGACUCGAUCAUCCGCUCCGAGCUGAUGGACGCAGACGGACUGGAUUUUAACUUUGACGCUCUGGUGUCAGCGCAGAACGCGGUCAACCUCAACCCUGUCGGCAACUUCACAGGAGCCAAACAGCCGAGUCAGAGCUGGGUCCCCGGCUGAGAACAGCGGAGGAGAUCCAGGCUGACAACAUUGGUGCAAAAAAAAAAAACAAAACAAAACA